AACAGCGUGGAUGUUGUUUCAGAAUCGCCACUUCUGGGACUUUUAAUUUGAAAGCGCCUCACGGGACCUGGAGAAUAUCCCUCGUCGUGUCACUUUGAGGGUCCGACGGAUUUUUUCGUCUCCGUCGCGACAGGCAGAAUAAAACGUUUAUAUCAGUGAAAGCGGAUCGUGAAGGACUCGAACCCACGACCUCGACGUCUUCACUUCGUCCCUGCAUCCACCGGACACCGGAUCACUUGGGGAAGUGUCCAGCUUUUACACGACUUCGGCUUUUUCCUCUCUUCUUUGAAUGCGUUGCAAAUAUGAUGAUGUCACCGACGCCACUUUUUCCUGAAGUUAUGGCGGAGCACAACUUUCCUAACUCCUCCUGGUGAGAAGCUCUCUCUCUCUCCGGGCUUCGGGCUUCCAGCUGCACGUCGGACCACUGAGAGCACUUGGCUUUACUAAUGGAGCACCUCCAGGGAGCGUGGAAGACUCUGAGCAACGGCUUCGGAAUGAAGGACUCUGCGUUCGAGGGCCCGUGCCUUUCACCAACCAUGGUGCAGGGCUUUCACUGCCAGCGCCGCUCCUCGGAUGACAGCAAGAUGCCCGACUCCAAGGCUAGCAGCACUAUCCGAGUCUACCUCCCAAACCAGCAGCGCACUGUGGUGAACGUGCGACCGGGUAUGACUCUGCAAAAUUGCUUGAUUAAAGCGUUGAAAGUGAGAGGUCUGCAGCCUCAGUGCUGCGCCGUCUUCAGGCUGCAUCCAGAACAGAGGAGUAAAAAACUCCGUAUGGAUUGGAAUACCGACUCCUGCUCUAUGAUCGGGGAGGAGCUGCUGGUGGAGGUUUUAGAUCACGUCCCUUUGACGACGCAUAAUUUUGUCCGGAAAACAUAUCUGAAACUUGCUUUCUGUGAUAUUUGCCAGAAGUUUCUUUUGAAUGGUUUCCGUUGCCAAACGUGUGGUUACAAAUUCCACGAGCAUUGUAGCACCAAAGUUCCCACCAUGUGUGUGGACUGGAGCAAUAUCAGACAACUGCUCUUGUGUCCAACACCCGGUGAGAGCGGUGCCCCGUCACUGCCGUCGCAGACAUCCCGGCGAAUGAGAGAGUCCUUAACACGGUUUCCAAGCUCAGCCCACCGAUAUUCCACCCCUCAUGCCUUCAACUACGCCACGCCCUACCCACCCACAGUCGUUGGUCUCUCCUCGAGGCAGCGCUCCACCUCCACGCCCAACGUCCACAUGGUUAGCACUACCCUGCCUGUAGACUUCAGCAUGAUUGAGGAUGCAAUGCGUGAUCAUGACUCGGGGGGGAGUUCCCCCAAUCAAAGCCCUACAGGCUGGUCCCACUCCAUGGCCCCUGCACCUUCCCAGCGAGAGAGGGUCCCGUCCUUUAAUACGCAUGAGAAAAAUAAAAUUAGGCCUCGGGACAAGCGGGACUCGAGUUACUACUGGGAGAUUGAGGCCAGCGAGGUGUACCUGAAUUCCCGCAUCGGCUCAGGAUCCUUUGGAACUGUGUACAAAGGGAAAUGGCAUGGUGAUGUAGCAGUAAAGAUUUUAAAGGUGACCAACCCCACACCGGAGCAGUUCCAGGCCUUCAGGAAUGAAGUGGCCGUCUUGAGGAAAACACGACAUGUCAACAUCCUGCUGUUCAUGGGCUACAUGACGAAGGACAACCUGGCCAUCGUGACCCAGUGGUGUGAGGGCAGCAGCCUCUACCAGCACCUUCAUGUCCUGGAGACAAACUUAAAGAUAAUCCAACUCAUCGACAUCGCCAGGCAGACAGCUCAGGGCAUGGACUACCUGCACGCAAAGAACAUCAUUCAUCGUGACAUGAAGUCCAACAAUAUCUUCUUGCACGAAGGGCUCACAGUGAAGAUUGGAGACUUUGGUCUUGCAACAGUGAAGGCCAGGUGGAGCGGCUCCCUUCAGGUGGAGCAGCCGUCCGGAUCCAUUCUCUGGAUGGCUCCUGAGGUUAUCCGGAUGCAGGAUAACAAUCCCUACAGCUUCCAGUCUGAUGUCUAUUCCUAUGGAAUUGUUCUUUUUGAGCUCAUGACGGGAGAGCUCCCAUACGCCCUCUUAGCAAAUAGAGAUCAGAUAAUCUUCAUGGUGGGAAGAGGAUAUUUGUCCCCAGACCUGAGUAAGCUCUACAAGACCUGCCCCAAAGCCAUGAAAAGGCUGGUGGCCGACUGCAUCAAGAAGCUGAAGGACGAGAGGCCGCUCUUCCCGCAGAUCUUGAAUUCCAUCGAGCUUCUCCAGCACGCCCUCCCCAAGAUAAACCGCAGUGCCUCAGAACCGUCCCUGCACAGAGCCUCUCACACCGAGGACAUCAACUCCUGUACUCUGACUUACACCAGGAUGCCUGUGUUCUAGAGGCUCGGACAGCACCUCCCUCCUCCUCCUCCUCUCGUCACACUUCCCCUCCUCUUCCUCUUUGAAAUAUCCUGAAUAGUCCAAAUGCUCAGUACAACCAAAUUUCUCUACAUGCAGAUGCCAGUAUAGGCGUAACAAUGUACAGCACAUGCAAUCAAUCAUAAACCUAAAGCUAAUCAAUAAAAUGUGUGAGGAUAAGAGGAAAGUGUGGAGAGACGCACAGCUGAGUUUGACUCUGAGAGGGGCUGAGUGAUGAUGGAUUGCAGUGGACACAAAGAAUUUGCCAUAACAUUCAUGGAGGUGGUGCCUUGCUUUACCACUGCACAUAUUAAGAAGUAUGCAGUGGCUCCUUGGUGGCAGUGCAUUUGGUAAAAGUUGUAAAUACACGCACGCACACCUACCGAAGACAGCGAUAACUGGACAUUGAAGGAAGCUCAAGAGAAGGACAGAGGCGUCUCUUGAUGCGGGUUCUGCGAUGUGAAGCACACCCGUCGAUCCGGUCGCCCUGGUUUCUGAUGAAGAGGACCUUACCUGCCUUAAGAGGAAACAACGCCUGGACAAAGAUCCUGCACAACUUCACUUCCUCUUGUUAUCACAAACAAACCCGUUGGAUGUAGUCCACUUAGUUGCACAGUAGUAGUUAAUUUGACAUUGUCUUACAUGAUAAUGGAGUAGAAAUGGGAAAUGUGUCCUUUUUGUUGUUGUCGUCAUGAUCGUCUUUGACUUCUUUUUAUCGUCUUUAUUUUUUUCGGGUCUAUUUGGAGGAAUUAUAGCCUGUCAGACAGUGAGCAUGAGCGAUGAUGGAAAACUUUGCACAUCUCAGCAAAAGUUAUGUUUCAACAGUGGUUUCGUAGCUCGGAGUUAACUGAACUGCAGAGAAACCCCCACAUUCUCAUCGGUCCUUCCAUGCGUUGGUUAUCUCGAGCUGGAACUUUGGCGGUUGUCUUAAAUAUUUUAAAUGAUUUUUGGAAACUAAUUUGUAUUUGUUUAUCAUGUCUCUUCCAGGAGGUUAAACGUUUUAUUGUGAACUUGGUGAGAAAGUUGUCGAUUCAACAUUUUAAUAAAAUUAAGUUAAAAUUUCUUUGCCAGAAGAGAUUGUGUUGGUCACCUUCUUGUUGAGGGCAUCCAUGAUCCAUUUAUGAAUCACUGUGUUAAUAAUGUGUCGCUUGAGGUUCGGACACAGGUGAGAUGGGCGGCUGACACCAGAUUACAUCGCCUCGCUGCUUGUUCACUAACCAUAAAAUCCCACACUCGUGUAAGACUUUGUGGAAGGGUGCAAUGUUUGCUGCAGCAGUAGCAACGUGGUGUGAGCUCACAGAGGAUCCAGUUCAGACACGCAACCAGGGGAUUCCACCAUUGGCUGGUGCCACUGUGCGCCGCGCAGCCACUGGCAGGCACAGUGGAACAACCAUCAUUCAGCAAGGGAGGGACGCAGUGGAAAGAGAGAGGACAGCUAUAUUUUGUUUUAGUGUAAACAUCCAACAUGUAGUUCCUGCUGGGCAGGACCACUUGGCUUGGUUCAGUCCCAAGUGCAAAUUUAUCAUAAAUAUGGGGAAUACUUGCUGUGAUGAGAAGGUAUUUGUGUGUGUUGUUUUUAAUGUGUGAUGGCUCUUUGUAAUCAGCCCCAAGGCAAGAAACCUGAUGGCAGUUUUUUAGUAUUUUAAUCACAUGUUUGAAAAAGCCCCAUCUCAUGGUGAAACAGGCCUGAUCGUCAUCAAAAGUGGAGCAACACAAUAAGAGCAGAGCCAUGGGCUGACCGCUGGUUGUCUAUUUUUAUACCACUUUUUUUCUCUUAUGUGUUUAUCUGUUCUAUUUCUGCAUUCUGACAAGGCACACAGGCCAGAAUGAAAUCAACAGAGCCAAACGUCCCACUUCCCUGUCCUACAACAGCGCCAUCUCGUGGUUGUCCAUUCAUGAUGUGUGUGAGCUUGCUUUAUACACUGUAAAACCAUUUACUGUCUACAGACCUGCUUAAUAAUCCGUUAACAGUUAUACUUCUAUGACAAGAAAAAAUUC